UUGUGCAGGCAGUCUGGGAGGAGUAUAAACUGGGAGGGGAACUGGUCCAACUGGUUUGUUCACAACAUCAUUUCCUUGUUACGAGAGGGACGGUUUGGUGUGGCUCACUUUAUUACAGCAGGACGAAGACUAAGGUCUCCAGUCUACUAUGGAUGAGGAGAGAGAGGAGGGGGGUCCUACCUCUCAAACUCUGUCCGGGGAACAUGGCCGCCGGAGCAAAGCUAAGAGCCCAGAGCAGCAGCAAAGAGCAGACUCCCCUGGACCCAGCUGUGUCUCUAUGAAGAGUGACUGGUCUAUGGAUCUAUCUCCAGUCCAGUUUAAAGAUGGAAAUCAGUCUAUUGAGAACAGGGUCCUGCAGAAGAAAGCAGAGAUAGGAGACUCCCCUGGACCGAGCUGUGUCUCCAUGAAGAGUGACCACUCUAUGGAUCCACCUAUAACGUUUAAAGAUGGAAAACUAAAGUCUAUUGAGAAGAGACACCGGGAGAGAUCAAAGGUUACCGGUCCUCAGUCUGUACAGCAGCAUCAAACAGAGCUGAUCAAGAUGGCUGAGGAGAAUGCACACGCUUUUCUAGACAAGGAGCUGAAGAAGCUCUGGAGGGUUCUUUUCCCACAUUACCCACAAUGCUCAGAGAGUCAGCGGGAGGAGGAGGAGGUGGAUGAUAAGAACGAAGAGCAGAGGAGGCGCGCCAUAGAGGGAGUGCUAGACAUCACAAAGCUCUGCCUGAUGGAGAUGAACCAGGAGGAACUGGCCGACAGUCUGUGGGGCGGAUCUGAUUUUGUCGAGUGCCAACAUAAAAUCAAGUCUCAUUUGAAGAUGAAGUUAAAGUCUGUAUUUGAGGGCAUCGCUAAAGCAGGACAGCGAACAGAUCUGAAUGACUUCUACACAGAGAUCUUCAUAACAGCGAGAGGCAGUGGAGAGGUCAACAAGGAACAUGAGAUCAGACUGAUUGAAACAGCUUCCAGGAAACCAGCCAAGGAGGAAACACCAAUCAGAUGUGAAGACAUCCUUAAACCCUUACCUGGACAAAAUAAGCCAAUCAGGACAAUAAUGACAACUGGAGUGGCUGGCAUUGGUAAAACCGUCUUAACACACAAGUUCACUCUGGACUGGGCUGAAGGCAAUGCCAACCACAACAUACGCUUCACAUUUCUCCUCACUUUCAGAGAGCUGAAUUUAUUGAAAGGGAGAGAGUUUAGCUUGGUGGGACUUCUUCAUCACUUCUUUAUUGAGACCAAAGAAGCAGGAAUCUGCAGAUACGACCGGUUCCAAGUUGUCUUCAUCUUGGAUGGUCUGGAUGAGUGUCGACUUCCACUGGACUUCCAGAGAAACCCGAUCUGGACUGAUGUCACAAAGUCCACCUCAGUGGACGUGCUGCUGACAAACCUCAUCAGGGGCGUCCUGCUUCCCUCCGCUCACAUCUGGAUUACCACACGCCCUGCGGCAGCCAAUCAGAUCCCUGCUGAGUGUGUUGACAUGGUGACAGAGGUGAGAGGGUUCACUGACCAACAGAAGGAGGAUUACUUCAGGAAGAGAUUCAAAAAGGAGAUGGCCAGUCCAAUAAUCUCCCACGUCAAGAAAUCACGAAGCCUCCACAUUAUGUGUCACAUCCCAGUCUUCUGUUGGAUCACAGCUACAGUUCUGGAGGACUUAUUCAAAAAAUCCCAGAUUGGAGAAGAGAUGCCCAACACGGUGACUCAGAUGUACAGCCACUUCCUGAGGGUUCAGUCCAUACAGGGGGACAGGAAGUAUCAUGGGAGAGCUGAAACAGAUCCACACUGGAGUUCAGAGAGCAGGGAGAUCAUUGUUUCCCUGGGAAAACUGGCUUUUAACCAGUUGGAAAAAGGCAACCUGAUUUUCUAUGAGGCAGACUUGGAAGAGUGUGACAUCGAUAUCAGAGCAGCCUCAGUGUAUUCAGGAGUGUUCACCCAGAUCUUUAAAGAGGAGUGUGGGCUGUACCAGGACAAGGUGUUCUGCUUUGUCCAUCUGAGCAUCCAGGAGUUUCUGGCUGCCCUUCAUGUCUUUAUGUCCUUCAUCGACACUGGGGUAAAUCUGCUCUCAAAAGGACAACCAACCCCCGGGAAAGAUAAUCUCCUCCACCUCUACCAGAGUGCUGUGGACAAGGCCUUACAUAGUGAGAACGGACACCUGGAUUUGUUCCUCCGCUUCCUCCUGGGCCUCUCUCUGGAGACCAAUCAGAUUGUCCUACGAGGACUGCUGCGAAAGACAGAAGGUAGCUCACAGACCAAUAAGGAAACAGUGUCUUACAUCAAGGAGAAGAUAAAUGGAGAUCUCUCUCCAGAGAGAAGCAUCAAUCUGUUGCACUGUCUGAAUGAGCUGAACGACCGUUCUCUAGUUGAGGAGAUCCAACAGUACCUGACAUCAGGGAGUCUCUCCACAGAAUCUCUCUCUCCAGCUCAGUGGUCAGCUCUGGUCUUCAUCUUACUCACAUCAGAAGAGGAGCUGGACGUGUUUGACCUGAAGAAAUACGAUGCUUCAGAGGAGGGUCUUCUGAGGCUGCUGCAAGUGGUCAAAGCCUCCAAAACAUCUCUGCUGACUGCCUGUGAUCUGUCAGAGACAUGCUGUGAAGCUCUGGCCUCAGUUCUCAGCUCCAACUCCUCUAGUCUGAGAGAGCUGGACCUGAGUAUCAACUCUCUGCGAUGCUCCGGCGUGAAGCUGCUCUCUGCUGGACUAGGAAGUCCACACUGUACACUGGAAACUCUCAGGCUGAAUCACUGUAAGCUGUCAGAGACAUGCUGUGAAGCUCUGGCCUCAGUUCUCAGCUCCAACUCCUCUAGUCUGAGAGAGCUGGACCUGAGUAUCAACUCUCUGCAUGAUUCAGGAGUGAAGCUGCUCUCUGCUGGACUAGGAAGUCCACACUGUACACUGGAAACUCUCAGGCUGAAUCACUGUGAGCUGUCAGAGACAUGCUGUGAAGCUCUGGCCUCAGUUCUCAGCACCAAUUCCUCCAGUCUGAGAGUGCUGGACCUGAGUGACAAUGAUCUGCAGGAUUCAGGAGUGAAGCUGCUCUCUGCUGGACUGGGGAGUCAAUACUGUACACUGGAAACGCUCAGCUUGUCUGGCUGCAUGGUCACACAGGAAGGCUGUGCUUCUCUGGCCUCAGCUCUGAGCUCCAACCCCUCCCAUCUGAGAGAGCUGGACCUGAGCUACAAUCACCCAGGAGAUUCAGGAGUUGCGCUGCUCUCUGCUGGACUGGAGGAUCCACGCUGGAGACUGGAGACUCUCAGUGUGGAGCAUAGUGGAUUGUGGAGGAUGAAACCAGGUCUAAAGAAGUAUGCCUGUGAACUCACACUGGACCAAACACAGCCUAUAUAAACCUCUCUCUGUCUAAGGACAACAGAAAUGUGACGCUGGUUGAAGAGGACGAAGAAGAGGACGAAGAAGAGGACGAAGAAGAGGACGAAGAAGA